UUCUUGUGCCUGAACCUCAUGGCAUAAAAUUUGUCAAUGGCAAACCUUCCCCACAAUUUCUUUCCUGUUUUCUUAUAUCCCUCUAUAAAAACCUUCUUUCUUAUAUUUCACAUAACAAACACAAACAAACUAUACAAUACAGAGAAGUAGAAACAAAUUAAGGUAUUGUUUUAGAGAUCUCGACAGAGAUAGAUAUGGGUGGGGGCCAUAAAUUUAGCAUUUUAGCCAUAGCAGUAGCUGCUCUUCUACAGUACUCGGCAGCACAGACUACACAUUAUGUUGGAGAUGAUUUGGGUUGGUUGGUCCCCCCAGGAGGCCCAAUCGCUUAUCAAAUCUGGGCUGACGCUCAAACAUUCACUGUUGGAGACAUUCUUGUGUUCAACUUCACUGAUGGAGAACAAGACGUAGCAUGGGUUACUAAAGAAGCAUUCAAGAACUGCAAUUCAACCGACCCCAUCUCCCUGAAAGCAACAAGUCCAGCCAAUUUCACAUUGAAUACCACCGGCGAGUACUAUUUCAUCAGCACCAAGGACCGCCACUGCUGGUUGGGUCAGAAGCUAGCUAUCAACGUCACUGAAUAUCCUGGACCAAGUCCAAGUCCUACUCCAAGAUCAGGACCGGUGACUUAUACCGUCGGUGAUGAUCUUGGCUGGCUGGUACCGCCUGGUGGAGAACUUUUCUAUGCCGCUUGGGCUUAUGACAAGAUUUUCCUCGUUGGAGACACUCUAGUUUUCAACUUCGUUAAUGGAUCACAAGACGUUGCUGUUGUGACCAAAGAUAAUUAUAAGAACUGCACCAACAGCACCAUUGAAGUUUAUACUACUAGUCCGGCGAAUAUCACCCUCACCACCAUCGGCGAGCAUUACUUCACAUCCACUUAUGAACGCCAUUGUUUCUUGGGACAAAAGCUCGCUAUAAACGUGACAGGAAAAAGCAUCGCCCCCACGCCUUCCGGCAGCAUCGCCGUACCUCCUUCAAGCUCCGUAUCAUAUGGUCCAACGCCCGGUGGACCCUCUCCUCCUCCUGUCAGCUCGGCACCUAAUGUCAAUGGCUAUUUCUUCACGUCAUUGCUGAUUGCCGUUGUGGCUUUCUUCUAUUGAUCGGUGUUAGUUAAUUAGUCCGUUUGUUGAUAAAAAUUUCCAUAUUCCUUUUCAUACGGUCUGCGUUCAUAUCAUUUAUAUAGAUAUAUUGAUUGAUUUAGAUGUCGGACUAUUGGUAGUUGAGCAUUUGUAUUUGAUUUGGACAGAGCUACUUGGCCUUCUCUGCUUUGUCCUUUUUAUUCAUCAUCCUUGUAAUAAAGCUCAUCAGUUUUUAUUUUUUAUUUUUUACUCUCUCUGUUUAUGUAUUUUAAUAAAAUUUUACUGUUCGAUUAA